UCUUAAAUUAGUCUAUAUGAUUUAUUGUAGUUAUUAUAGAGAGUGGAUGUGGAGGUUCUCGUUAUUCAGGAUUAUUUUCUUUCUCUGUAAUUAGAAAAAUAAAACCUGUUUUGUUCGAGUCUUCAACAUCCGCCUUCAUAAAUUAUUAAAGGAUUUGUGACCUGUUCUAGUUAUCGGGAUUAGCGGUGCUGAUAGUUGGCGCUAUCGUCCUCACCAAUGUUAUGCAGUUCGGGCAGUUCGUCUCUUCGGGUGUCCUGGGUCCUCCGAUCGUCCUCAUCGUCCUAGGAGGACUCAUCUUCUUCAUCGCCUUCCUCGGCUGCUGCGGUGCCAUAAAGGAGAACUUCUAUAUGCUCAUUGCUUCCAAUUUGUUACAGUUCGCAGUUCUGUUGGCGAUAAUCUUCGUGAUAGAGAUUGCCGUUGGUAUCGCAGCGAGCAUCUCGAAGGACGAGUUCACUGGAGCCAUGAGGGACGGGCUCAGAGCCUCGAUGACCAACUACACCAAGACGAAGCUGGAUCGGCAGACCUGGGACAACCUGCACAGAUCUGUGAGUUCUUUACGAAACGGGUUCAUAUUAUUGUGUUCAAUAAUUUUCCUAAGAAACUAUAAGGUGGGUAUGUAA